AUGGCGCCUGUCACAAGGGGGGGUAUCAACCUCCUUAUCUGGACAAUUGUCUUUACCAUCCUAGAUGUUUUUUUCGUCUUUCUCCGAUUCCUGGCCGCUCGCCUAGUCAAGCGCAAACUCGCAGCGGAUGAUUACCUCAUCAUUUUCUCCUUAACGAACACGUUUGCGUUGGAGGCCGUGUUAAUCUGGACUGUCUUUAGAGGGGGCAUGGGAAACCAUAUGAUAGAACUAUCUCCUUCAGAGACUACAACCGCCUUGAAAUCGGUUCCGGCGGCAUAUGUUACCUGGACCCUCGGAACCGCUGCCUUUAAGCUCUCAGUCCUCUCGCUGUACAUUCGAAUUUUCUCCAUCAGCACCUUUAGAAUCUUGUCAUUUGUCUUGAUGGGCCUAACCGUCGCCUAUUGUAUUACGUUCCUAGCCCUCUUUCUCACGACGUGUUCUCCCGAUAUUUCCCAACUAUGGAAUCCAAGGCCUGAUGGCUAUUGUCGUGACUUGCAUAUCGGCCAGUUAGGUUCUGUUAGUACUAAUCUAGGAAUUGACGUCCUUGUCAUCAUACUUCCAAUGCCAUUCCUGUGGACUUUACAAAUGCGAGUGCGCAAUAAAAUCGUUGUCAGCUUCCUUUUUAGCCUAGGUUUCAUUACCAUUGCCAUCAUGAUAUGGCGACUUGUCGAUCUUAAGACCAAGUCUCAAGCUGACUUUGUUUACCACAUGCCCACGCUCGCCCUAACAACAGAGUUGGAACUGUGGAUAGGCAUCAUAAUUGCUUGCGUUCCGACUCUUGCGCCGGUUCUCAAACGAUAUGUCGCUCCAGUGAUCACUUCGCUUUUUGGUUCUCGGGGCUCGCCUGGCGCCCGACCCGGCCCCCUUAGCAUCGUUACCUUCGGGAGACUCGGCGGACCGCGUCGGAAAAUAUACACAACGGUGUUAUACGGGAGCCAGGAUCCGAUUAGAGACGACUUAGCAAAUGGGAAACCCGCUUCGAGUAGCCUCCGUUUGCGAGAUGACGCUUUUACUACCACCCGUGUCACAUCUGGGUAUCAGGGGGACGAGACCGAACUCGGAUCGAGCUCUGCUGAAAAUGCAAUAUACGUUCAACAAGAUAUUGAUACUUACCAAACCGCAAGGACUGAAUAG